GGUAUCUUCCAGGAAUACUUCAUGCGGUUUACAUAAUUUACAAAUAUCGUAAUGAACCAAGUCAUAGUGAACAAACUCGUAAUGAAAAAACUAACUCCGAAAAUCAAGAACGUACGCAUCCACCCCCAUCUUCGUUACCAUUACCACCUCCUGAAUCUUCUCCCGAAAACAUGCAAGAGAAUAUAUCAAAAUCUGAGUUACCAUCAUCGACAUCUCCUGAAUCUUCUCCCGAAAAAACGCGAGAGAAUAUAUUAAAAUCUGAGUUACCAUUACCACAUUAUGGAACUCAUACUAUGGAAGAUAAGGAUCCAAACCGAUAUAAGAAAGAUCCAAAUGAAUCGAGUGGAAUGAUGGAAGUAGUUGGUAGUGAUAAUGUUUUGG